CUGGGGCUCAGGUGGGAAUAAUUCAUUCUCUAGUGAAUGCAUUCUCUAAGACUCCUGUGACCUGCAUCCUAAAUCCCUUCUGGUAGGAGGCUCCAUCAGCAGUCACCUCAGGGAAAAGAAAAAAUUCCUCACAGAAAUUAUCAGGAAUAAGUGAUUUCUGAUAGAGCUCCAAGUGGAGGAAGUUCCACUGGGAUGUUCCCUGGACCUUCCCCUCCGUGGCAGGACUGUCAUCCUAUUAGCCAAAGCCAGAUUGUGGAGUUGUCCUUCAGGUCCCUCAUGCCUUCUCUAGCAAUGUUACUCACCCCUCUGACAGAGCAGCCCAGCAUCUCACAAGAGUGUGCAUCUGCCCCUGCACAGCCUGGAAAACCAAGCCCCAAGGGAAGGGCCCUACGUAGGAUGCACGGCAGAAUUUGGAUGGCUCACAGAAUUCAUUCUGCUGCAUCUACUUCUACGAAGUGCUGCAGGCUACUGCAGUGGAACUGUUGCCUGUGGAGGACCACAUUAGACUCCAUCUGGAAAGGUGCUGAGGUGUUGGCUGGGCUGCACUGGGCUGGUGGACAGAUCUGCUCUUAAGUAAAGCUGUGCAAAAACUGGGAAGUGCUGCAUCGGAGCUUUUGAAUUUGGACAACUUCCAGGCCUGACAUCCAGAAAGUCAUCCCUAUGGGCAGUAAAGACAAAGAGGCUGGAUGCCAAGGAGGAAGAAUGGUAAAAGCAGCAUCUUUCCAGGAUCCAUGGGCUCUUUGAGAGAUGAUCAGAGGGAGGCCAGAUGAUCUGCACAACACGCACACCACUGUUUCUCAUCUGCAAAGGCAGCAUCGGAGCGUUCUCCCCAGCCCUGCACCACCCGGCUUGCCCGAUCGUUUCCGGAUGUUUCGCAGCUGCGAGUGGGAGGUCCUGGAGCGAUCCCUCAAUAUCCUCCAGGCCAGUGACUUUUACUGGGGCCCCUUGUCUGUGGGGGAGGCCCACGCCAAACUCCAGAGGGAGCCUGUAGGCACCUACUUGGUGCGGGACAGCUCGCAGGGGAACUGCUUGUUCAGCCUGAGUGUGCGGAUGCCAACGGGGCCUGUCAGCCUCCGAAUCUCUUUCCAGGAGGGCUAUUUCCGCCUGAAGAACUGGUUUUCAGACUGUGUGGUCCAGCUGCUGGAGCUGGUGGUGGCAGGGACCCGGAACAACCCCUUACACUUUGAUGAGAUGGGGGGAACCCCCCUGGUCUUCUCUGAGCCCCUGUGCCGGAGCCGCCGGACAGUGCCCACCCUGCGAGAACUGUGCUACCGAAGCCUCCCCGCUGGUGCCAUGACAGGGGACAGAGCAGGGCUGGGGGGCUCCUUGGGGAUGUGUCUGAGGGAGGAGGUGGUUUCACCCCUGCACAGAAGGGGAGGGUCAGAGGGGAGUGUUGUCCCCAGCCCUUCUCUGUCCUGGGCUGGGAGAUGAUGCCGUACAUGUGGGAGACAAAGGGAAAUGCCUGUUAUGUGGCUGUGCUGGUGGGAUGUGUGCCACGCCAGUGGGGCUGGACUGGCUGCUGGCAGAGGAAAGGCGAGGGCAGAGGGGAGCACGGUUUGAACCCGCUGGCUGUGACUGAUGUGUCCUUGUAUGUGCACAGUGUGUGACUUUGCCCAGAGAUGCCUGGGGUAAAGCCAAACCUGAAGAGCAGAGAUUUCCACCAUGACCAAGUCCUGCUCUUGGCUCCAUUUAUAACUUAAAAGCUUAAGAAGAUGACUUGCCUGUCCUCCCAGGUCAGCCCUAUGUUUUCUUCUACCCCAAGUGCUUGAGCUCAUUUCUGCUUCAAACCUGCCCUUGUGAAGUGGUGCAGCUGAGUCCAGUCCCGCAGCAGUGCAGCUUGGACAUUGGUGGGCGUGACCCCUGUGCUGACUGGAUCCCCACGUAGCUGGGGCAGAGUGAGAGCACGUUUCACUCCUUGCAGCACAAAUGCGAUGCCAGUUACUUCAGAGGCCAGCGUUUGCACCAGAGUGAAACCAUUGCAGCCAUGUACGAUGCAGGCAGCUUCACUGGCUUUUGCAUUGCUUUAUUUAAUCGGAUUUUUGUGAGUGCAGAUGGGUUAUGCUAUACCAAGGGCAUGGCAUUCCUGCAGAGGUAACCCUGAUCCGGAGAGUUGUGUCUACCCUGGGAGGGUGUGAAGAGAUGGGAUCCAGUGCCCUUUCUUCUGCUCAUGUGAUAGUGAGCUGCUGCCAUCUAUUGAGCAUCAGAAGAUGUUUUGGUUUUGCCUCCAAAAAGGCAAAGAUUUUUUAUA